AUGCUGCCUCGCCGCUGCUGGCCGCAGCCCGCAGCCGAUUCGGCAGCAUGGCGUGGUCUGCGACCCGCGGUUGCCGGUGCACAAGCCGCUUACUGGGCCAUUUGGCACAACAGUGUCCCAGCACGCCUUGCCGAUGUGCGCUGCGACACUGACACCCCGCUCAGCACCUCGCCCGGAUCCGGCAUGCUCGGCGCUGUCAACUGGUUGUAUUUAGAGUUAGGCGCCAUGGUGCGCAGCAGGGGCGCGGCAAGCAGUAAUGCAUCGGCGGCGUUGGCAUCUUUCGCCCUUCGUGCACAAGCGUGCUCGCUGCUCGCGCUGCCCAUUGCCGGGCCCCCGGGCCAUGUGACCCGCUUGAUGGGAGGUCUAGACCAAGUGCGCCUGGAAGCUGCCAAGGAAUGCGGUGACGGCUACGUCUUGGAACCUCCGGAGAGCAUUGAUGCUGCUGUGGUUUACAAGUUGUACCGCGGUGCUACUGGGGAGGUAAACGGGCAGGCUCAGCGAGUGUGGGUUGACUUCCCUUCGUUGCACUUGAGCUGGGCGCCCUAUGACACGCCUGCCCAAAAGCAGUGCCGCCUGUCGCUCCUUGACGUGGCAUCCUGCACGGCAACUUCGGCCUCGUCUGAAAAGGGGCACGGCGACGUCCUCUGCAUGGAACUUUGGGGCCAUCCACCAGUUCGCAGCACCCGCGAAGCAGAGAGAGCUGGGGGCAGCUUUGGGAUCUGUCAGCGCGAUACGCUUCUUUUGGCAGUGGAGGCAACCGCCUACGCAAUGCAAGGCUUUGCAGAGUCUCUGGAGAAUCUCUUGGCCAGUCGGGACAAGGAGGGCAAAAGCAAGCUAGAGUUCAUCCAGAGAUCACUUUUCCAGUACCUUUGGCGACAUCAGGGCGUCCGCUUAGCGGAAAACUCUGAGCAAGCCUUGUACGAGGCCCAAGCAGUGCUGGCUUUCAACCUCGAUCCCAAGGAAGGUGUCAAGUACCUCAAGGGUAAGCUUGGCAAAUCCAGCUCGCUCGAGGUGGGCCAGUGGCUGGCGCAGAUGUCCACGGUUAAUGGAGGCCUAGACCCAACCCUGUUGGGAAAUUUCUUUAGUCGGAGAGAUUCUCUGGAGGUCUUCAGGGAGUUCGUGAACUGUCUGGACUUCGCAGGGAUGAACUUGGUAGUGGCUUUGCGGAACUUCGAUGGUAUGUUGUUCCAGCUUCGCGCGAUCUCCAGCCGACGGAUUCUCAAGUCUCGGCUCGUGCAGGCAACUGGUGCGAUCUCCGAGGCACGGAGGUCCCGGCAAUGGCGGCAAUCCUUGCAGUUGUUCACCGACUACAUGGCUGCAGCCCAUGCCGAUCAGCUUCUCAUCGAGAUGCCUAUCUACAAUGCUGCAAUUACGGCAUGCGAGGUUGGCAGCCGGUGGGUCGAGGCCCUGGCAUUGCUGCAAAGCGCCGAGGGAUCUGGCCUGGUGCCCACCGUGGUGUCACUGACGGCCGCCAUGUCGGCCUGCCGAGAAGGGCGGCAAUGGAAGCGGGCCCUGGAGAUCUUCAGCCGCGCAGAUCAAGAGGUCAAAGUUGACGAGGCCCUGCUGGGUGCAGCCAUUGCUAGUGCUGCAUCCUGGCAGCGAUGGGAGCUUGCACUGCAGAUCUUGGCUUCGGCUCCAGAGUACCGCGUGCUGCCAAACCUUCCAAUGAGAAAUGCCGGGCUUCUGGCAUGUGAGAAGGGCCGUCAAUGGGAGCUGGCCUUGUCAAUGCUACAAUGGAGCCAGGCCUCCUUGAUCACAGUGAACUCCACGUUGUCCGCCUGUGAGAAGGCGAGACAAUGGGAGCAAGCCUUGGCCCUUUUUGCGGCGCUUCCGGGGCGGCUUCCGCGUCCGCUGGAGCCCGACUCGGUGACGUGGACGGUGGCGAUCGGCGCCAUGGCAGCUGGGCGCUUCUGGCAAGCGGCCCUGCGAAGCUUCUGGGAGCUCUGCCGUUCCGAAGAGGCCUCCUACACAAUGCAUACGACCGCGCUCUCUGCCUGCGAGAGGGCGCUCCGAUGGGAGGAUGCCUUGCAGCUGCUCGAGCUGUGGCCUUCGCCGAGCGGAAGCACUGAGCUGGCUUCCAUCGCUGCCGCACGCAGCAGCAACUGGAGAUACGCCUUGAGCCUCGCGCUGGAGUCCGGACAUUUCGCACGGCAUCAUGCAGCUCAGUGUUUGGAGGGGGCUGGCUGUUGGGGCCACGCUGGUCAGUGCUUACCCAACUCAGAAAGCAUUCUCGCAAUACGUCGGCUGAAGGUGUUCCUUCCGGAGCCUGGCAUGGCAGAGAGCUCUCUCCAAGGCUUCGGCGAUCAACUGAAGUGGCUCGUGCACCCGGGAACAGCGGCAAGCAACGCCUUGUGGACUGUGACCAGUCGCGACUUCCAUGAAGCAUCUGGCAUCACGAUCUUGAGCGGGGUGAUGCGAAGUAGUAGAAGUGUUCGGGGACAAAAGGGGUCGGCGGGAGUGCUGUGCUCUGUGCUGCUUGAGAUGAUCAAUUCAGCGGGUGUGCUUGGCAAACCUGUCGCAAAGCACUCGGGGAGAAGAGUUCCAGACUGCACGAGCCACAGCUUUGCUCUGUCCCAGAGGCUAUAG